AUGGUGGCGGAGCUGGCCACGGCCAGCUCCCGCUGGGCGCUCCCCCCGCGGCCAGGGGCGCUGGCCAUUGCUUUCGCGGCCAUGGCCGCAGGGCGAGCGAUCCACGGCAACCAGCUGACACAACAGCUGGACAAGGGCUAUGUGACCAAGCAGCUGAACGAGGUCUGCGUGACCACAGGAGCGCUGAACGAGGUUUACGUGACCAUCGGAGCGUUGAGCGAGGUCUACGUGACCACCACAGGAGUUCAAGACGAGGUCUACGUGACCACAGAGCAGAAGGACGAGGUCUACAUGACCACAGAGUUGAGAGACGAGGUCUACGUGACCACAGACGAGCAUAAAGAGGUCGACGUGACCACAGACGAGGAGAACGAGGUCUACGUGACCACAGACAAGCAGGACGAGGUCUACGUGACCACAGACAAGCAGGACGGGGUCUACGUGAUCACAGACGAGCAGGACGAGGUCUACGUGACCACAGACGUGCAGAACGAGGUCUACGUGACUAUGACGGAGCCUGGUGUUGAGUGGCAGGGCUUCGGUCUGAAGCCGCCAACGUUCGACGGCCACGAGGAGCAGUGGGCGGAGUGGAGCUUCGCGAUGAGGGCGUACCUGGGCGGCCAGACGGCGCAGGCGCUGAAUCUCCGAGAGGCGACCGAGCAGCGAGGAGAUCCAGACAUUAGCAUGGUGGAGAAUUUGCAUCGUUUGGGGGGCUGA